AGAAGAAGAAGAAAAGACUCCAGUGAAAGUGUACACUGUCAACGCUGCUGAGCUAUGUUACCACCUUACAGGGGUUUGAACUCUGCACUUGUCUGCACUAUGCUGUCCUUUGUGCUGUCGCGGGGUUUCUGCCAUGCCGUCGCGGAAGUUAACCGCAGGUCUUGUCCGACCUUUGGUUCAGUUUUACGGAGUUUUACAACCGCGAGUCCUAAAGGCGGAGAAGCGUCUGACAAUGCCUCAGUGGUGACCUACUCGCAGCUGAAGACCAUGUUGUCCAACCGUGACAUCCAGCUGUUUGAUGUGAGAAAUCCUGAUGAAUACCAGGCUGGACAAAUCCCACAAGCUGUCAACAUCCCAUUGGACACCCUGGAGGAGUCUCUGAAGCUGCCCCCAGAGAUCUUUGAGCAGAAAUUUCAAGUGGAGGCUCCUGAGAAAGACAACGACAACAUCGUGUUUCAUUGCAGAAGCGGCAAAAGGAGCGCCACAGCCCUGGACAUUGCCCACAAGCUGGGAUUCAGCAGGGCACGACAUUAUAAAGGAGGGUACAUUGAGUGGGCAGAGAAAGAGGGAAAAUGAAUCUGGGCCCAUUAUGCACUUUACAGUCCCGCGUCUUCAUUAAAAUACAAACAAAUCAAACCUACAGAAAAGAUGACACAUUAAAGUUACUGUCGAACAAUGUUCAGUUACAAUUUUAGAUCAUUGACUGUUUAUAAGUUACAGUUUAAAUCCACAUGUGCUGUUGCUUUAUGAGUUACAGAUUUUAUUAAUAUCAGCUGUUACUUUAUGAGGAAAUAUCACUUAGAAGAUUGCACUUACUGUAUGUUUUUUAACUGAUUUGACCCUGCUAAUAUAAUUGAUUAAUGUGAACAUGUUUGAUGUUGAUUAAAUUAUAUAUAAAACCUA